ACACAAGGACUUAUGGAACACAAAAAUGACAUUGUCAACACAACUGAACACGAGUGUGACUAUUUUUUUUUUUUUUUUCAAAAACUUGGUAUCCGGCCUACGACCAACUAACUAAUCUUAGGGGACCAAUCCCACCGCCAUCUUAUUUAAAGCCAAUUUUUUUUUUCUCUGUAUGGACUUAGCCCACUGAAAUUAACAUCAGGGGAGUCACGUUGUUAACUCGGCAUGAAAUGAGCAGUGUAACACAAAUAGUUCAUUAGUGCUGUUUGUUCAUGCCUAGCAAAUUCACUUACCUCACUUCACCAGUUUUAAUUGUAAACUAGCAUACACGUGGAUCUGGGGUUGAUUAUCUUGUUUCUUGAUGGGGUCCUUUGAGGAGAAUGAUCAUGAUAUUUUCGUGGAGCCUUCAUCUUAUGGAGUCCAUGAUUUGAGUCCUCGAAUAGGUCCUGAGUACCAGGCGGAAAUUUCUUUUGUGAUUAAGAAAUCAGAGCAGCUUUGAAUGAAUCCUGCUGAUUCAGAAUCCGUGCAUGAUAAAUCACGUUCCUUUGAAAUUGGUUUUCCCAUCUCAGUCACAUGGAGUGAUGCUGAUACAAAGAGUUUUCUACUUGGUUUGUUUAUUUUCAGGAAGAACUUUGUUCAGAUCAAAAGAUUCUUAGACAACAAAGGGAUGUGGGAAAUACUUUCAUUUUACUAUGGAAAAUUCUACAAAAGUGACGUAUAUCGUAGAUGGUCAGAGUGCAGGAAGAUAAAUGGGAGAAACUGCAUCAUAGGACAAAGACUCUUUACUGGACCAAGGCAACACAAUCUCAAGAUGCUUUGUUACAGGUUUCUAAGUCGUAUAUGGAGGGCGUAACUUCUCUAGAAGAAUACAUAUCUUCUUUGAAGUCUAUGGUGUUCUUGUUGAGGCAGUAGGUAUUGGCAAUGAGAAGGGAGACCUUACUAGGCUUGGUGUGGAACAUGGAAAGAACAGUCGAGCGUCUUCAGAUCCAACCAGCAAAUCUUUGUUUUCUCUUAGACCGAGUGAUAUAAUACAGUCUUUAACAGGAGGAUAUCGGCUUAGCAACCAAGAGUACUGAACUCUUCUGGGAAGCUGUUUGGCCCCGCUUACAGGCAAGAGGUUGGUACUCCGAGAAACCAAAGAAUCGAGGCUAUGUUACUUCUGAAGAUUAUCUGGUUUUUCUUAUUCCCAGUGUCAAGAAGUUCUCGAGGAGAAAACUUGUUAAAGGUGAUUAUUACUUUGAUUCUGUUAGUGAUGUCUUGAGCAAAGUAGUAGCUGAACCAUAUGUUCUUGAGCUUGAAGAAGAAGCUAAAGUUGGUAGCUUUAAUGAGGAAGAGCUGGAAAAGGGAUCAAAUGAAGGUGAUUUAUCUGAUGAUCAUCGUCAAUGUUACCUCAAGCCCUGAUCUUCUCCUUACAAAAAAGAUUAUACCAAAUUCAUGGUUAUUGAUACCAGUUUGGUGCAUGGCAGAAAGCUAUCUGAUCUAAGGGGAUUGAAAUCUGUGCAUAUUAAUUCAGUGUGUAAACUUGAGGUAUAUGCUGAUGGUAAAAGAUAUAAAGGGAAAAUAUAUACGAGGAAAGUAAGCCAUAGCAAGGAUAUGUCUAAAAGUGUUAAACAGAAUUCGACAGAGUUAACACUUACUGAUUCCAAUAGACUUUCUGAAGGAAAACUAUUGAAUGUGAAACAACUGAGAUAUCCGCCCGUUGAAUUUGCAGAUGCUUCUACGAUGGCUACUGGUCUUCUGAGAGAAAGUACGGGUGGAAUUUCAACUGAUGAUUUACCAAGUAUGGUGGAAGCUAAGAUGCGGAGAUGUGGCAAAAAGAAAAUCAAUGAAACUGAUAGUUGCAGGAGUGUAUCUAACAGUGAUGCUACCUAUAAAAAAGUAUAUGAUAUUUCUGAUAAUCAUGCAAGGAAGAUGGUUGAAAUCCAGAAAAGUCAACAAGCCAACGUGUUAGACGAUAACCGACUGAAGAGGAUCAUAAAAUUUCAAUUCAAUCGGAGGGCAAGAUCAGGUGAUUCUAAUCAUGUAGCUGUUCCUAUUAAAAGGAGAAGGUUGACUGCCUGUGCCAAGGCAGAGGAAAGGCGUAUCAUUGGGAAUUCUUCAGGAGGUAUAGGAUCAGAUAAACUAGGAUUCUCUCUAUCUUCUAGCUUUCCAUAUUCCAACAAAAAUGUUUGUGAUCCAAUUAGUCAUCAGCAGAAUGGAAGUUCAACUGUUUUUUCAGCAGAAAGAAUUGUGGAAGAGAAUAAUGAAAAGAACAUUUACUACGACAGUUAUCAAUGCACAAGUGUUUCUUAUUAACCAUUAUUCUCCAGGCGUAGAGAACAAAAAGAUAUAUUUGAAGCCAACAGGACAAAGGUCUGCAGACUGAUGAGUUGGUUGAUAAAGAAUGAAGACUCCGAGUAUUAUCAGAAGCUGAGAGAGUUUGAAUAUAAAAAGACUGCACGAAACAAGUUAAACCAGGUUGUGCUGCAGAAACAUCAGAAGAAUUUGGCAAAUGAUGUCAAUCGAGAAACAGAUGAAGCAGUCAUCAAGACGCAGCAGGCUGAAGAGAAGAACACUGAAGAAAUCAAAGUGAAACAGGUUGCAGAAGCUCUUGCAUCUUCCUACGGAAACCAGUUAGCCUCAACUUCCUCGGCGCUUAAUGACAAUGAAGUGGUCAUUCUGACCAAAGCAAAGUAUGAACGGAUGUUGCAGAGUGCUGAGAAGGUUGAUAAGCUUGAAGAGAAACUUCUACAAAUCCUGAACCUUCUUCAACAGAGAAACAUUGUCAUUUCCGACGGGUUAACCACUCAGAAAGUACAAACUGUUAAAUCUGUAAAUUUCUAGGGGUAUACUACUUGAAUUUGUCAUUAUACAGUAGAAACUAUAGCAAACCAAUGAGAUCAAUUGCAAAACAUUUUCAUUUCAAACAAAUGGAAUGAAAAAAAUAGAAACUGUACUAAAAUUUUGACAAUCAUCAAUCACCAAAUCAAGAUAUGAGAAGUCUUUGAAUUUUGCAUAUAUUCCUCGAAUGACGUUGAAAGAGCCUCCUUCAUGGACAACACAUCGAAAUCCAGUGUCAAGAGAAACUGGGGGCUAGUCCAACAAUAUCGACCACAAAUAGUUCUGAAAAAAAAUUCUAAUACCCCUUUAUGGUCAUCAAUAAUACUCUAAGCUUUACUAAUAGUCUUAACAAAGAAUUUUUUUCCUUUCAAAACUAGUUUUGUUUCUAGCAUACAAAAUAUCAUAACACAAACUAAAAGCAAAACCAAUUUGACCUAACUCUGAGACAUGAUUG